AUGCUCUCUUCCCCCUUUUGCCUUACCCUUUGCCGCCCCCCUCUGCUCCUCCUCCUUUCCCCAUUCUUUUCCUUCUUCCCCUCUCCCCUUACCCUUUGCCGCCCCCCUCUGCUCCUCCUCCUUUCCCCAUUCUUUUCCUUCUUCCUCUCUCCCCUUACCCUUUGCCGCCCCCCUCUGCUCCUCCUCCUUUCCCCAUUCGUUUCCUUCUUCCCUUCUCCCCUUACCCUUUGCCGCCCCCCCCUUGCUCCUCCUCCUUUCCCCAUUCUUUUCCCUCUUCCCCUCUCUCCUUACCCUUUGCCGCCCCCCUCUGCUCCUCCUCCUUUCCCCAUUCUUUUCCUUCUUCCCCUCUCCCCUUAUCCUUUUCCGCCCCCCUCUGCUCCUCCUCCUUUCCCCAUUCUUUUCCCUCUUCCCCUCUCCCCUUACCCUUUGCCGCCCCCCUCUGCUCCUCCUCCUUUCCCCAUUCGUUUCCUUCUUCCCCUCUCCCCUUACCCUUUGCCGCCCCCCUCUGCUCCUCCUCCUUUCCCCAUUCUUUUCCUUCUUCCCCUCUCCCCUUACCCUUUGCCGCCCCCCUCUGCUCCUCCUCCUUUCCCCAUUCUUUUCCCUCUUCCCCUCUCCCCUUACCCUUUGCCGCCCCCCUCUGCUCCUCCUCCUUUCCCCAUUCGUUUCCUUCUUCCCCUCUCCCCUUACCCUUUGCCGCCCCCCUCUGCUCCUCCUCCUUUCCCCAUUCGUUUCCUUCUUCCCUUCUCCCCUUACCCUUUGCCGCCCCCCCCUUGCUCCUCCUCCUUUCCCCAUUCUUUUCCCUCUUCCCCUCUCCCCUUACCCUUUGCCGCCCCCCUCUGCUCCUCCUCCUUUCCCCAUUCUUUUCCUUCUUCCCCUCUCCCCUUAUCCUUUUCCGCCCCCCUCUGCUCCUCCUCCUUUCCCCAUUCUUUUCCCUCUUCCCCUCUCCCCUUACCCUUUGCCGCCCCCCUCUGCUCCUCCUCCUUUCCCCAUUCGUUUCCUUCUUCCCCUCUCCCCUUACCCUUUGCCGCCCCCCCCUUGCUCCUCCUCCUUUCCCCAUUCUUUUCCCUGUUCCCCUCUCCCCUUACCCUUUGCCGCCCCCCUCUGCUCCUCCUCCUUUCCCCAUUCUUUUCCUUCUUCCCCUCUCCCCUUAUCCUUUUCCGCCCCCCUCUGCUCCUCCUCCUUUCCCCAUUCUUUUCCCUCUUCCCCUCUCCCCUUACCCUUUGCCGCCCCCCUCUGCUCCUCCUCCUUUCCCCAUUCGUUUCCUUCUUCCCCUCUCCCCUUACCCUUUGCCGCCCCCCUCUGCUCCUCCUCCUUUCCCCAUUCUUUUCCCUGGGCGGCCCCAGCAGUGGUGCUGCGAGCAGGGCAGCACCCAAUGCGCCCGCACCUCAUCCCCUUGGCCCUUCCCCCUCUCCUCUCUUACCGGAUUCUCUGUCCCAUUCCUAUGCCGUGCUGUCCCCAUCAACCCCCCUGUCCCCAUCACCGCAUGGAGCAUGCAUAGGGGCGGCCGCAGCAGUGGUGCUGCGAGCAGGGCAGCACCCAAUGCGCCCGCACCUCAUCCCCAGCUUCACCUGGCAUGUGCUCCGGGGGCUGCGACGCCACGGGUUCGAGGCGUACCUGGUGGGCGGCAGCAUCAGAGACCUGCUGUUAGACGUGCCACCCAAGGACUAUGACGUGCUCUCCACCGCCACCACCCAUCAGGUGUGCGCUGCUGCCUUCCUCUCCUCGCACCGUGACUGCACUGCACCUCUCUAG